AUGAUUAUUUAUCCUCAGAUGAAGCGUGGUCUAGAAAUAGUUAUCACACAAGGAACGGUCUUAAUGCACAACCUGAUAUGCUUAUGUUUAUGGUUGAUUUCCAGUUUAUUUACUCUAGUGUGCUUAGGUUGGGAUUUUCUUGUGUUGGCAGCUUCGGAGGCAUGUUUAUUCUGCUGGCGAAUAACGAUGCUGAUUUAUUCUUGGAUGCAGCUUGGACUGGUGUUAGUUAUCACACGAGGAAUGGACUUAAUCUUUUGGUUAAGUUCGUUUUUAUCCACCAUAGGACGCUUGAGUUACGCCUUUCUUGUGCUGCAAGCCUCAAAUGCAAGUUCAGCUGUGACUUCCGUCUUUUGGUGGCUCGUCGGUGAUGUUUCAUUCUCACUGAAGGGAAUUACUAGUGUUGGUAGUGUUGCCAAACUUCUUGUAGACUCGGAUUCACUCUCAGACUCCGAACUUAUCUGGAGCAACUGGCAGUCUCCCGUUGGUUGCGUGAUUGCACUUAUUGGAACUGCGACUUUCCUUCUGGCAAUUAAGGCUUGGUGUCAUGGCAAACUGGCUAAGCUAAGACUUAACAACCGCCAAGACUUAAGAACAGGUAUGUAAGCAAAUAUCAUCUUUGGUUCAGAUGUUUGCUAAAAAACUAUCAAUUAUUAUCGUUUUUGAUAAAAUAUUUUACCUUUCAUAACCAAACUACCGACGCCUCACUUACAUCCUUAUCGUUUGCGAUCACUCAAUCGAUUGACCGACUAUAAAUUAUGCAGGUUUAAAGACUCUCGGCCUCGCCUCGAGAUUUUUAAGUCUGAUAAUACACUUCUGCCCCUAUUUUUUAAGCAGUACUUUAGGUUUCGUCCACAGGAAGCAGGAACUGUAUGAAUUUUGGUACCUGUAGCCAAAAAGGAAGAUGUAUUGAGAACUGCCUCAAUUGUCAUUCUGUAUUGUCUGUCUCUUAUUAUCAUUUCCGUAAGAUUAAUUUCUACUUUUUGUCAAUUAACGUCAUCUGAAAAUUGUCUCACUUAUUAAAUGAAUAUAUGCAUGAUAACACAGACGAUGUUUAAAGAGUUUGCCAGUUUUACAGCUGUUACACCCACGACCAUGCUACGGGGUAGUAAGGGGAAGUGUUGCAGCUGUUAUGUGCAUGUUUUUGCAGGUUGUUACGAAGUGUUACAUCAGUAAUUCACAGUAAAACAUAGUGUUCUCCCUUGUCUUUUCGAUCGUCCCGACAAGACGUUUUUAUCACCAAAGCAUACACCAUAGUGCUCAUGUUGUAAUUGUAUCAUUGUCAAAGGAUGAUAAAAAAAUGAAAAAAAAUCAGGAAAAUUAAUGUUUAGACCUCUCAAAUGACAAAUUUAUAAAGUUACGCAUUUGUUUAUUUAUUCAUUUAUAGACCAUACAAUACCCUAUUUGUCUAUAAGAUCGAGCGUUUAUCGUAACUAGCGACCAGUUCAGCAAGAUUCACUAAAGGGUCUCGCACCUUCUUCCGUAACGUUUACCCCCAAUGACCGCCCGUCAUGGUAAGCCGGUUCUACCAAGACGAUCAUACGGGAAAACGGGGGACUACAUACAAUCUUAUCAAUUCUAUUAAUAAUUCAAUCUAAUUAAAGGCGUGCUUGGUAGCACCUUUCAAUCUCGGUUAUGAUGAAUUGUUGUGGCUAAGCUUUCAAAGGCAAGUGUCUCUUGUACAUAAAUAAAAACAAAAUGUAGAAAAACAGUGCUUAACGCUACUUCUGGCUUAUGCUUUCAUGGGCCAUAGCGCAAGUUUCUGCGCCAAUACAAUAAAGCACAUUUCUUUUAUACACAGGUGAGCCAAAGAAAAUAGCGAGCCCUUCCAGUCCUGUAUCAGUUAAAGCUGGCAGCUCUGUCUCUCUAGAAUGUGUAGCAGAGGGAAAACCCACCCCAGAUGUUCAAUGGGAAACUCAGCUUAAAUCUCAUUCCAGCUUUCAGCUGGGGGAUCGUGGCCGUGGUGUAUCAAAACUGGUAAUUGAGACCGUGGGUCCAGAAGAUGAGGGCAAUUACGCUUGUCAGGCUCAAAACAUCCUAGGGAAGACCCAGGAAACUGUUCAGUUGAUAGGUAAGUUCGUGGUAAGACCACAAGUUAUUGUUAAAGUUUGUAAGUUGCCUUGUCAACUUACGUGUAAUUGUCUACCACUAUUUAUAGCAUUUGCCAACUAAUUGUCAAUAUAAUUGUUCGGUUAUAAUUAGUACAGUACAGCCAAAAUCUCUUUCUAAAAUCAUCCACAAAGUCUUCCUGCUUGGCAUUUGUUUAUUAAAAACCGCGUCAUAACCAGCCCCCAAUUGGCUUGAUGCUGUAACUACGUUGUUCAGAGUGCUUUGCCGAUAACACAAGAUCACGAACACGAAUCCCUUUAAGCCAACUAAUUUUAAAACUUACGUUUUUUCAUUAUUCAUUUGCAUAACUCAGCAGUGCAGUGUCUUGGACGUUUUUGUAUGUCGUAAAUGUUUAUUCCUUAAACCACAUUCUCUUAAACCACUUCUCUUAGACAGGCCAGAUUCACCCAUUUGCCAAGAGUUUAUUCUUGACAUAUGUAAGAAUGGUUCCAAGUGUACAGGCCAUCACUGCUCUUUGCCUUACCUCUGGCAGUACGUUGAUGGACAGGAAUGGAAUAGUUUAAAAGAGGAAGACAACGAAAAGCUUGAACAACUGUAUUGUGACGUGAAUAUUGAGGAAUUUUCUCACAAGGUCGUUCGAAGAUCUCAUUUUGGAAAGUAUGUUCUAUUGUUAAAAUGAAAUAAUUAGCAUGUCACGAGAGCGUGGGGCAAAGAAAAAAAUUAUCACACAAACAUUUUGAUGGACUAAUUGAUUAUCAUCACUAAUUUACCUAGUGAAAGUCCAAAUCAAAUCAACGCUAUAUGAGAAACGUGCGCAUAAAAGAGUACGGCCAGAGACCAAAGAUAAAAAAAAACAUCAGCGUUAUAAAAUACUGUAUGGUGUUCAGUGUUAUAAUUUCAAGGGGAAGGUACUUGAUAGAAAAAAAUGUCCAAAAAAAAUCAGCUUUAAAACGAUGGUUUUGCAAAAACGUUGGGGACCAGAAAGCCGAGAUAUUACAAUUUAAAGACAGUAAAGUUUAGGAUUUUUGCAUACAAUUAAUUGAUUUAUCAAUAUCUUAACUUUUUUGUGAGAAAGGAAGGCUCACGGGCUCUCCAGGAGCCCCCCUACCCCCCACCCCCCUAGUUACUCCCUGGAUGGCGCGAUCGAAAGUGAUAAACCCGUUUAAUGUAAAACUGAAUGCCUCUUUGAAAUAUAUUUAGUAUUUUAAUCACUUAUACUCAUUUCAAUAACUACAAAAGGGCAAAUUGAUUGAAAUAACUGCAAACUGCUAACCUAUAUAUAAUUACUCUUUAAGACCUCGCACCUCUUUAGACAUCAUUUACGUUUUCAUGAUUGUCAUUUUUAUUCAUAUAAGUUUUGCAUGCGUACCAUAACUACAUGUGAAAUUUUAAUAUUCUUCUGGAAAAUAGGGUACAGAUCACACAGAAAGAUUUUGAAAAGUUCACGCAAAUAAGACGACUGUCUACAGAGUCUUAUGUCAACUCAACCAACCCUCUGGCUACUGAGUGGAUAUGGUACUGGAAGCACGAAGACGGAGGAUGGCGCGAGUAUGGACAAGACGAUACGGUGGGCAAAAUGGAAAAAUUUGGCGUUGUGUUUUCGGAUAAUAACACAUCACCGGAAUCGAAUCCGUACCCUAGCGUCACCAUUAUACGUACAAGAGGGUGAGAGGGGGGAAAUCUUCGGGCUGCAAAGAUUAGACGUUUUAUAGAUAGCCUGUGAAGAACCUAGCCUGAGCAGGCUCCUUUGUGUGAGUUCGGGGAAAAUCUUUGACUCCUUGUGGGAUGUUGGUUCUGCCGCCAAAUACAAGUGAGCCUGCUCGUCGGCUAUUAUGAACCGAUCCUACAAAAGGAUAAGAGUAUCAUGGAAUGUGGCGUUGGUUGGGGCUAAGGGCGCUCAGUCCAUUCAAGACUAAUAUCCGGAAAUUUCGGUUUGUUCAUCAAAUGGAACGGACCGUUUCGGUUUGGUUCAACCGGAAUUUUCGGGACCAGGUUUAAAGGUGGAUCAUUUUUGACCGAUCUGGUUAUUUCGGUCAGUCGGACCAAAAUGUUCCUUUCCAUUUGACAAAAUUGUUGUCCACAGUACAGGUUUUUCGUAUCCUGCUGCUUUCGAGAACAAAACCAAACAUGCAGUGGCUUAAUUGGGUCGGUUCUGUGCAACCAGAAUGUACCGUUCCGUUGGGCAUGUGGAUGGAAUUUUUGUUGAAUGGAAGGCGCCCUAAAACCUUAAAGGCCAUCUUGGCCCCAUGUUGCACCAGGUACUGAAAACGCAUUUGGGGGCCCUGCCAGUGUAGGCGUUAAGCCAUUUUGAAAAAGAAAUCGGGAAUAACCUUUCAUGUGGCGUCCUUCCUUGCACGUUUUAGGGUUAAAUUACUGGGCAUUCAUUGUGGUGAGAGACAGAGAACUUCAUCAAACGUUCUGAGGUCUGUCCGAGUACAGUUCUAUUGUUCAUUACAGCCUGCAUAAAAAAAAAAAGCGUUUGUUGACUCCAUUUUAUUCUUUCACUGCCAUAGCCUUAGUUGUCAAAAGCUAAAUUCCAGCGACAUAUCAAAUUUGUUUGAUUGAAUAUUCAUUUGAAUUGUCUCUUCUCUUCUCAGGGCUAAAGUAAAAAAUAAUUAACAUUAGGUCUGUGGGAGCAAAAGAGACUUUAAGAUGUUUAUCCAACGGUGUCUAUGUUUGUAAUAACAUUGCAGGAUAUAACGCGCGCGAAUUUUGACAGAAAAGCCAAAAGCACCCGUGAAGGGAUUUAGGGCUGUAAACCCGCGUAAAGAAUAGGACUAGUCACACGCUUGAGAAAAUGCCUCGCGGGAUCGACGUUCGUCUGCGCGCGGCUGCUUCGCUGCCAAGUAGCACUCCUACACACUGAUACUACCAGUCUCGCUACGCCGACUACGCGUGAGUCUUUGGAUUAGUUUGCAUGUACAGUUCAAUGACGAAUUGAAAUUCCAUUCACAGGGAAAAGAUCUCCAAGAACUUCUAGAGAAGGCCUUCUUGGACAAGAAAAACGACUCCAGGUUCCACAUUUCCGACCAGAUUUACAUUUUAAGUUUUGACUCAUCGGGUGACAUGAGCCAGAAAAACGUCAAACACGGUACCAUAAAGAAAGUAAGAAGAAGGCCUGCAAAAUUUGUGUCCAAAGAUGACAUUUCUCAACUUAUAAGGUAUUUGUGUGGUACAUUUAAUUACUGGAAAGGUGACAAACUAUAGCCAAUGAUAUGUUCAGAGGGACAGUCAAAUGAUGAGAAGCAAAACCGAAUACCGACAAAACGUACAAAAAUCAGUUUCAUUUACCGGAAAACGACUGAGAGGGCCUCAAAACAACCUGUGUUCAACUUGCUAUUGGACCUUAUGGUCAGUUGACAGCUGUCUAAAAAGGGUAUCUACUGAACAGUAUCUGAUGAGUGUAAUGCAAGAUCAUGUGUACAACUCACUGAGGUGAAGUUUUUUUUAUUAACGGUUCUCCGUUGACCAGAUUUUGGUUUUCGCAGGCUCAGGUCCUUUCAGGAGGAGUUCAGUUUACUUAUGAAAUUACUCCAUAAAUACAUUUCUUCAAAGAUUCCAUGAGAGCUUCGCUUUUGGCCCUGGCUAAAUCUUUAUAUUGGGUCAGUUCUAUACAUGAUGGGGAUUUUUUGAGACCGCGGGCCAACAAAUCCUGUGGGGGCGUGAUAGGCACAGGACUUUUUUGAAUUCUUGGGGCUAUAACUUUGUUUCGUUUAAAGGUACGUCACUGAAAUUAAUACAAGCAACAAUCCUUGAAUUGAUUCCAGGAAUAUCUUGAAUUAAGCGUUUCUAUGAUUACCAGUCACGUGACUCUCGUGGCCAAUCAAAAAAUCAAAACUUCUAAAAGUUUAUUCUUCGUAAGUAUUUAAUCUGAAACUGUGGUACUUUGCGGAAAUACAGAGCAUAAAAAAUUGAGGAACUUGUCUGAUUUGAGUUUUCAAAUUUCAUUUUUUGACGUCACAAAAUGGCCUUUUGAUCAUGCGCAGUAUUAAUAAACAAUGACGAAUUUGAAACGAUAACCUAAGAAAACUACAAUAAGAAAAUCGCUAUAGUUCAAUAGAUUUUGGUAACAUUCCUUUGAUAUUUUGAAUAGUAGUUUGAAAAACGCUUUGGCCGAUAUUUAACACUUUGUUUCUGUUCAGGUGAAACCCCUGACGAUAGUUUCACGCAGCACUCAACCUCGUCCCCAGGGCUUUUCCCUUAAAAAAUGGGUGGGGCGGGAAAAGGCCCUGGCAUCGGCUGGUCACGUGUACAGCCUAAAUAUUCCUGAGAAGCUAAUUUAUAUGCAACCCGCUGGUUUUGCGCUGACAGAAGUCGAACGGAGCAACAAUGGAAAAUAAUAAUAUCGCGAACUGUAUGUCAAUAUUUUCGCGUCUGUGCGAUUCAGAAGCUUAAGAUCCAUUUAAUUGCGUAUUAUUCAAAUGCUACAAGUUUAUGAAAGGGCGUACCGGCUCAACGUUGUCACGUACAAAAUAUGUCAAAUGCUUCAGAGUUGAGAAAAGCUGUUAUCGAGUAGUACUUCGACUGAAAUUCAUCGCGACUGUGGAAUUACUAUACGAUCAUCAAGCGGAAAGUGAUUUUGUCCAAUGUCAAACAAAAAUGCGGGCCUUUGCCUCUAGGAUCUGCAGUGAAUUUAAACAAAUUGAACUUAAUUGAAAUAGAAUUGUUCAUCAAAAUGCUUUUUAUAUGGAAUCUGGUCUUCUAACCCGACCAUAUGAAACAAACAAAUCUCCGCGCCGGAUGCAAGUCAGCCCUCCAGCCAGGAACGAUGACAGGUCGCCGAUCUGAAACAUUUGAAGAUCUCUUAUAUAUUUUCUCUUCCGAGGAUAAGUACAAAGGAUUUUCCUUAUAUUAAAGGGAAGAUUGACCGAUCGAUUGGAAUCAAUUACAGCUAUGUCAAUUUUAAAUGGACCCAAGUCUUUCUUUGUUAACAGUCGUUUGAUACCCUGGGUGCCAGAGACUAUUCAUGCGCGGUUUCCGGUUUCGGUCAAGUCUCGCAGAGGUCAAUGAAUUUUUUAAAAAUACAGUCAUACAAGAUAAGUCUAAACCAACGCGUAUCGCUAUGAUGAUAUGGCUGAGAGUUAAGGUGAAUGGAACUAGGUUGUGUAUGGCGGUCUACUUCGCAAGAAAUAAAAUAAAAUAUCAAAAGAAGUCGCGAAAACGAACUUUUCCGGUACAAACUUUAUGCAUGUACGAUAGCUUGUUUGUCAUUUAUAUCGCUCUAUAAAGGAAGUUUUACAAAUGUUACCGCUCGCCGUCCCCUUCAUAGAAAUCGGAGGAAAGCAAAAAAUUACCAUAGCCAGUAUCUGUGACAAAAAGGAAACCUUGUAAAACUUUUCGUUAAUCGUCAAGAGAUAUAAAAGGCCGCCCAAGAUCGCGCGCUGUGAGGUUACGCAUAAUUUUAGCUUUUCACAUAGCGCUAAUUUAUUACACCCAGGUUUUUAGGGUGUACGAGGGGACACGUGACCAGCCGAUGCCAGGGCCUUUUCCCGCCCCACCCAUUUUUUAAGGGAAAAGCCCUGGGGACGAGGUUGCGCAGCACUAUCUACUGCUCAGUAACUUAUAGUUAAACUACUGAUUGUGGCACCGAACAUUUUUGGAUUUAAGAACGAUAAUGUGUAUGCAUUAAUCAUCUUUUUAAUUAGGUCUCAGAACGAAGUACUAGUUAGCAACCAGCAAGGAAAAUAUUCAAGAGGCGGUUAUACGCCAAGCCAUUGGGAUGCAAUGCCAUCUACGAUGCAAUAUAAACGUGUUCAAUUAUCAGGACAUUCUGACGAAUUUAAGGAAGUGGAAAAACUCUUCAAAAACUCGAUCAAGCGGAGUGUGGUAAUUACUGGCAUUGAACGGGUACAAAACCCUUUCAUGUGGGAAAAGUACCAAAGGUAGACAAGUGCAUUAACUGUAAGGUGUACUGUAAUAAUAACAAACGUUACUGGCGCUUAUAACAAACCUUGGAAAAAACGAAUUAUCUGUGAAGACAGAGAUUAAUUGUGGACGGGUAAUUGAUGGUUGUGUGUAGUAAUACCUGAGAACUGAAGAAACUAUAAUUCCCCAGCAAGCAAGGCUCCGCGGGCACCCUCGCCAAAGCGAGAUUUAUAAUGUUGCGGUGCGCGCACUCCGCAGAUCGCCCACAGAUCAUUGCGACCUGCAAACGCGUGUGGCCCAUUUAUAUUUCUUUGAAUAUUUGUCUUGGUGUCCGCAAUGUAAUGACCUCAUCAAGCGAGAAACUUGGACGAUAUUGUUUUAACUCUUCGUGCGGACGUUUUGGCGAUUAAGAAAUGCUUUUGGUGAUGACUUUCGAAGGCAAACGUAUGUACAGAGAACAAUGAAGCAAUUUUGACCAGUCGCUUAAAAUAAAUAAGAGCGAAAAUCGAGAUAAAAAACAUUUUUCAGUGCGUCUCACUUCGCAGGCAGACGAUCUGACGGGGUUAAUAGGUCGCGGGAUAUGUUUGUUCGUCCGAAGUGCGUUUCAGUUUGGCGUUUUAUCGUCAAAAUCUUGCUUUUCCUUGAAUGAAAUCUGUACCUUUGAAUUCAUGCUUGGUAUUUAACCUUUUUUUCUGUUUAUAUAGGUUUUGUUUUGUUUUUUAAUCAUGUUUUUCCCUUCACAGUAAUUUUCAAGGAGUUUUAAUAACUACUCUAGUGGGGCUUAUUUAACUCCUUACAGUGGAGUUAUUUUUUGGGGAGUUAUUUUAACUCCAAAAAGGAGUUUAAAGAACUCUUUUUCAGGAGUAAAAGUGACCCCAGGUAUUGAGGACUUAAAAUAACCCCAAAAAAGGAGUUAUCCUGUACGUAAAAUUUUUACUCCACUUUCAGAGUUAAAUUAACUCCAAAAAGAGUAAAAACAACCCAUGUAAGGAGUAAAAGUAACCCCAUUUCGGAGCUAUUUUAACUCUAGACUGGGAGUAAAAAGAACUCUUUUUCAGGAGUAAAAAUGACCCCAAAUUCGGAGUUAAAUUAGGAGUUAAAAUAACCCCAAAAAAGGGGUUAUCCUGUAUACCAUAAAGAAAGUAAGAAGAAGGCCUGCAAAAUUUGUGUCCAAAGAUGACAUUUCUCAACUUAUAA